AUGGACGCCGUGGACGCGCGCGCGGGGCGCGCGACCGACGCGUCGCCUUCGCCCGACGACCCUCCCUCGAUGUCCGCGCCCGACGACGACGACUUCGUCACCGUCGCGCGGAGCGAACGCCUCGCGGCGAACGACGCGCGAAUCCAGGUCGAAUGCCGCGGGCGCCACCUCGUCCUCGUCCGCCGCGGGCCGUCGCUGUACGCCGUGGACGCGACGUGCUACCACAUGGGCGCGCCGCUGCUUCACGGGGACAUCGAGGACGUCCCCGGGCACGGCGACUGCAUCACGUGUCCUUGGCAUCAUUACCAGAUCUCGCUGCGCACGGGCGAGCGUCUGUACCACGACAUGGAGCGGAAGCUCUGCGCGCUCCCGAAGAAGCAGAGGACGCACGAGGUCAGGGAGGUAAACGGCGACGUGCAGGUGAGGCUGCGCGGAGGAGGGAAGCCGCCGUCGCCGCCGCCGGGGACGCCGCGGCCGAAGCCGGAGGAUCUGACGUUCGAGUGGGAGAGCGACAGGUACGCGUUCAAGCCGCCGCCGCCGUCGUCGUCGCGCGGCGGCGGCGGCGGCGGCGGCGGCGCGGGGACGACGCCGCGCUCGGGGCAGGUUUUCCAGGCGAUUCGAGGCGCGCGCGGCGGGCGCGGCGGAUCCGGGUCGUUCCUCGGCGCCGGGAGCGGGCUGCACCCGGGGCUUCGAGGACGAGGCGUGGGGAUGAUGGUCGCGGAGUCCAUGCGCGGCGGCGACGGGAAGGCGCCGUGGGCGAUGGCGCCGAACGGGGGGCUGUCGCGGCGGCCGCCGCCGCCGCCGCCGCCGCCGUCGCGCGCGGUCGCGCGACCCGCGGCAGAUGAGCUCCCAGACGCGCCGAUGGAGGAGGCGGACGAGGACGAGAGCGGAUCGGACGACGAGUACGAUUACGCGAACCUUAAGAACGUUCCGCCGUGA